AUGUCGCAACUCACGUUCAAGUGUCCGAAACUGAGACAGUCAGCGACAGCUCAUCCCCGUUUAGGCAACUUCCCAGGUGGAAAUGGCGUAAUUCUUUGCAUUAAUUACACUGAUUCGAGAGUGAUUUACCCCUCGGAAAAAGGGGAAAGAAGAUCGCAAAAAGUAAUCGCGAGAGUAAGAUGUAGUAAUACGGAAGAGUGGAAAAAAUACUGGUGUACAGAGGAGGAAAGAAAAUGCAUGCUAUCACUUUCAAUAAAAGUUGAAGGAAGAUGUGCCGUUCGAUGGUUCGAGGAAAAAAAAAGAAAAAAUACAAACGGUCGCAAAGAAACGUAUUUAGAAGAUUUUACUGCCCUCGAAACCUAUUUCGAACGUAUAUUUUAUAUAAUCAGAAGUACAGAUAAUGACGUUGUGAGGCAGUUAACUGCGGGAGAAAAUGUCUACCCCUUCAAUUUUUCGUUGCCACAAAACAUUCCCUGCUCCUUCGAACAUAAAUUUGGAUCGAUUCUGUAUUUUGUAACAGCCACUUUUAUAGAAAAUUCUGACUCAUGCAAUCCCUUUGAUAGAGCGAAAUUUAAAGUGCUAACGCCAUAUGAUCUAAACCAGAGUUUACGUGCAGCGGUUGGUAUCGAUGAUGAAGAGUACCAACAUUUUUGUUGCUUCUGCGUAUUCAAGAUGGGGUCUUUACACGCCCGUGUAAAAACUCCAGUUAGUGGAUUUGUACCUGGACAAAUUUUAGAAGUCACUGUCAGCUUCUAUAAUGACUCAGCAACUGUCGAAGUACAGAAAAUUAAAGUAGCCUUAGAAAAAAUUAUCAAAUUUCAAUCAACAAGGCCGAAAAAUGUUAUAAAAUGCGAGCGUGCGAUUAUUGGAAAGGAUAAAAAACGUGGAUCCUUUGGGGAUAAAAAUGAAAUAAUUUUAUUUAUAAAAGUGCCACAAGUCCUGCCUUCCAAUUUAGUUCACUGCUCCCUUAUCGAAAUUCAGUAUCGUUUGAAGGUCAAGAUAAUCACAUCUGGAGCGCAUAAGAAUAUCGAAAAAAGUUACCCCAUUUUAAUAGGAACUGUACCACUUUACUCGUCUUCUGCCGCAGUUGUGCCUCUAGUCCAUGUUCAAAGACCGCAAUCAAUUGUCCCAACGGCUCCCACAAUCGAGGCAAUUGUUCCAGUUCCACAAGCGAAUGUGAGCCUUAAUCAAUCUUCUUCAAGUCAACAAAAUGCCUCAGUGGGCAACCAGUCAUUUACGAUAGUUCAUAAUUCACGCGAAGAAGAAUAUCAACCAAUUGGAUUUGUUUUUACAAACCACACGAGUCAAUGUCAAAAUCUUGCUUCUUCAGCACAACCUGAAACUCCUCCACCUUCCUACGAAGAGUGUACUUCUACGACACAAAAUUCUGCUGUGUCUGCAAAUUCACAUUAGUUAAAAAAUGUUGACUAUGUGAUUUAUUAUAAUAUUUUAUCCAUUGACGAGACCUGACCGUCGAAUAGAGGACUGAAGGUUUUCAAUUUAAAAAAAAAACAUAUCACGACUGACAAUAACGUAAAUUUGAGACUGCAAAAAAAUAUCAACGUCCAUUUACUUUUUUAUAUCCAGUGUGUACGUCUUUUAAAACCAUCUCGCUCUACACAAUUUUUUGAAACGACUGAAAAAUCCCAAAGAAUAACAUUCCCGACAAUUUAUAAUAUUACCGAAUUAGAAAAAUCCCGACAGAAAGUUAGAAAACUAUAAAACUGCCAAAUAUAAACCAAUGAAUUUUUUUAUAUAUAAAAAAAUUGUAAUAAUUUAAUUAAUUUUAUAAAUAAGAAAAAUCUAAAUUUUUUAAACUCGGAAAUUUUGUAGUUUGGAUAUUUUAUAAUUCGGCAAUUUUCUGCCGGAAAUUUUAUUAUUCCGGAAUUUCCCAACUAGGAAAUUAAAUUUUUUGGGACUUUUCAGUCCCAUGUUUUUACCAUGAAAAAUGCAAAUGAUCUGUAUUAUGCACCAAACUGAGAUUUAUGUAUUUAAUUGUAGGAAUAGUAUUGUAUUUUUAUUAUAGUUUAAGAUUCCUACUUCAUAUAUAUUUAUGUAUAUAUCACCCGAAUUCACGUUUAACGAAUUUAAAGCUGAGAACCCAAAACGAACUUUUAAAAUCGGGACAAAGUGUACUGUGCCCAAAAAGUCUAAAUUAAUGUAAUAAAAAAAAUUUUAAGUAGUAAAUACUAUAAAUAUAUAAUUUUGCAUUAAAAAAAUUUGAUAAAUCAAAACUUCACUUUUUUGGCACACCAUACGCAGGGAUCACAGCAAUUAAGUAAUUCAAUUUUAGGGAAAAUCUUUUUUAAAAGAAUAUUACCAGUUUUUUUUAUAUUGUUUUUUGUAUAUUUUGGAAAAUCUAGUCUUUCAAGUAAAAUUUUUUUAAAAUUAAUGUUAAUGUAUGCUUUUGUUUUUAAGUGUUAAUUGUUAGAUAAUUCAUAAAAAAUUAACCGGAAAUUUGAAAACCGAGGGAAAGAGGAUAAAAUUUUCAAAAAAGGGAUUAUAGGGAAUUUAGAGAAAAAUUAAAUUGUGAUCCCUAAAUACGUCUACACUUUGUAUUCUGUUCUGUAAUCAAUAGAUGUAUUUAUUGUAAAACUGACUGAUUAAUAAAAAGUAUAUGUAAAGUG